AUGCUGCUGCCGGUGCUGCUGUUGCUGCUGUUGCCGCGCACCUGCGAGUGGGGCCUCGCGGCUGGCGGGUCGACCGAUGAGACGAGCAUCGACGACGCAAAGCGCCUCAAAAAGGAUUAUCGCCGGCUCAAGAAACAGGAGGGGGCGGUGAGACUCGUCGGGGGCAAGAGGGGCACCUUCGAAGGUAACGUGGAAAUCCUGCACAAAAAUCGCUGGGGCAACGUAUGCGACGACGAGUGGGACGACCUGGAGGCGAGGGUCGUUUGCAGACAGCUCGGCUACGAGGACACCCAGGCACGGGCCACCGGCAACGCUCGCUUCGGCCAGGCAAGAAGGCGCUACUGGAUGGACAACGUGCUGUGCGACGGCUCGGAGGCCCAGCUGGCAAAGUGCCGGUUCGACGGCUGGGGCAGGACGGACUGCAAAGCCGGCGAGGCAGCCGGGGUGACGUGCAUCCAGGCGAAGAACGAUGGGAGAACGAUUGCCCCCGAGCGCAGGAAGAGCAAGAUCAGAGACACCCACCGGCGGGGGAUCGCCCUUCGGCUUGCCGGCACUCGCCAAGGACGCCUCGAGCUCAAACUCGAGGACUCGGAGUGGGGAGUCGUGUGCGGGGACGGAUGGUCGCUCCUGGAGGCGGGGGUCGUGUGCCGGCAGCUGGGCCUCGGGUACGCCAGCCAGGCUUACCAGACCAGGUUGUCCGAGGAGGAGAGGCUCCCCAUGGCCGUCAGUGGGAUCACGUGCCACGGCGACGAGAGGAACAUAGCCGAGUGCCUCCACGACCUUGUCCUCAGCUGCCCAGGAGCGAGGGAGAACGUGGCAGGGGUGUCGUGCGCGGAGCGUCUGGCCGACCUGGUGCUGGACCACUGGGAGCUCGAGAGGACGGCCCACCUGGAGGACCGGCCCCUGUACUGGCUGCAGUGCGCCAUGGAGGAGAACUGCGUGGCCUCGCAGGCUUACGAGCUGCGGCGCGAGAACGGACACGACUGGCGCCGGCUGAGCCGUAGAUUGCUCAGGUUCACCGCGAGGAUACUCAACGCCGGGACCGCCGAUUUUCGGCCCUCCGUGCCCAAGCACCUCUGGGAGUGGCACAUGUGUCACAUGCACUAUCACUCGAUGGAGGUGUUCGCGACGUUCGACGUGAUUGAUUCUAGCGGCAAACGCGUGGCCGAGGGUCACAAGGCUUCCUUCUGCCUCGAGGACAACCAGUGUCUGCCGGGACUGAAGCCCAGUUACAAGUGCGCCAAUUACGGGGACCAGGGCAUAUCCGUCAACUGCAGCGACAUUUACCGGUACAACAUAGACUGCCAGUGGGUCGACAUUUCGGAGCUCGCCCCUGGCUCUUACACGUUCAAGGUCGCCGUGAACCCGGAGCUCAAGGUGGGAGAGAUGUCGUUUGACAACAACGCCGCCACGUGCAAACUACUUUACACCGAAACAUUUGCCAAAGUCCACGGCUGCGUCAUGGGCAGGCCCUGA